AUGUGGCGGCUGCUGCUGCUGGCGGCGGCGGCGGGCGGCGUCCGCGUGGGCGCCCCGGGCGCGCUGCUCGUGGCCACGCGCUCCCCGCGCAGCGCCCUGCGCCUCGACUGGCGCCGCCUGCUCUCGCCCGCGCCCGCCGGCGCCGUCUGGAUCGAGCCCCGCGACAGCGUCCUGCACGCCAGCGCCGUCGUCUUCACCAAGGUGUUUGAGUCCCGCGAGGCCGGCGGCGCCGCCGCGGAGCUUUUCUACCCGCCCUACGACCUGUCCCGCUUCUCGUGGGGCAGCGUCAACGGCACCCUGAACCGCACGGCACUCACGGCCGAGUUCCGGGGCGGCCCCGCCGGGGAGCCCGGUGGUGGCUUCGCCAACGGCAGCCUGGCCUUCCGGGUGACAGCCUACGAGGCCGACGGCCGCGACGGGGCCCUGCCGCGGCUCCUGCACACGGCCAACAGCUCCAAGGUGGAGUUCGUGCUGGCCGGGGUGGCGCCGCGCGGCAACGGCUCCCGCUUCGUGCUGGAGGUGGCCACGGUGGAGGAGGCCGGGGCGGCGCGGCGGCUGCGCUCCGCGCGCUCCAUCGACGACGAAUACACCCCCACCAUCUUCGAGACGCUGUCGCUGGCCGCCGAGGCGCCCGGCGCCGUCCUCAGCUUCCUGCAGUGGAAGGCAACGGCCUACGGCUCGCGGAGCCCGCGGCGCGAGGACGGCAUCCGGUGCCGGGCGCACGAGCUGCACGCGGCCAACUGCUCCCUGCCGCCCUCCGCCAUCGUCCGCGGCUACUUCGGCGACCGCCCGGCCGGCGCCUGCUCCGUCAGCGCCCUCAACAUCUCCUUCGGCGGCGAGGACGGCGACGUCUACCAGGAGAAGCGCUACCUGAGCUGGUCGGCGCUGCUGGGCUUCGGGCAGCCGCCCGCGGACUCCUUCUCGCCCCUCGUGGUGGCCAUCGUGGCCGUGGCGCUGGGCACCCCCGCGGCGCUGCUGCUGCUGGGCGGCCUCGCCGUCCUGCUCGCCCGGCGCCGGCGCUACUCCGAGUACGAGCCCAUCAACUGAGCGGGGCUGCCGGCCGGGACACGGGAACACGGGGCUCCUGCACCUGCACCUCGGACUCUGCCCCCUUUACGUCACCCUUGGAGGGGACCGGAGCAACGCUCACUGCUGUCACCUGCGUCACAGCCCUCUGUCCCGCUCCCUCCUGCUGUCCGGAGCCUGGAGCGGGUCCCUCUUCUCCCUCUUUUCCUUACUUGCUCGCUGGGAAGUGACUGGAGGAGCUGGGGACUGCUCUGCACGGAGGGAAAGGGUUUUGUUUCCGCUGUCCCGAGGGACUGAACCACUGCUGGCCUCCCGCGCGGGGCUGCAGCACGGAGCGGGGCUGGGUGCCCAUGGGCUCCGUGCCGGGAGCCGCUCGGCGCCUCGGGACACGCUGGCUUUGGGGCUUCUCAACCACUGAAGGUCUUGGACCAAAUAAAAGGGAUUUCUAGGA